AUGUAUCCAAGCUCCCCUAUUACUCUUUUGAGUUUGGAUGUCAGAAAUAUUCUUCGAUCACAACUCACCAUUCAGACUUUGCCCGAUGCUAUUAGAGAAUGUUUAGAAAAUAGUAUUGAUAGUAAUGCUGAUGAUAUAGAGUGCAUUGUUGAUAUUAUUAAGAUGAAAUUCAUGAUUCUUGAUAAUGGAAAUGGGAUUUCACCUGAAAGUCUCGAAGUUGUAGGCAAUAGAUUUUAUACAUCAAAAAUGGAAUCUUUGGGUGAUUUGAGUGCAAUCAAAACAUAUGGGUUCCGAGGUGAAGCCAUUCAUUCUCUCAGCACAAUAUCUAAUAUUACAUUAAUUUCCAAGGCUUCUGGAUAUAACUCGCCAUUUGCGAUAAAGUUUUCCAAAGGCGCUAGAACUCUAUCCCGACCGGUUCGGAUUGAUGCAAAUAACUCUUAUAUUGAUGACCAUUUUGGAAAAAUUGAUCUUGAUUUCAUAACAACCUCUGGAACAAUUAUAAUUUGCACCGGGCUAUUUGGAAAUAUUCCUGUGAGAAGACAUAAUUUAUCUAAACACUCGGAACUGAAAGUUGUGAAUGAUAUUAGAAGAAUUGUUCAUGACUUAGCCAUGAGCCAUGGAAAUAGAAACUUCAAGAUUCGGCAUAACAACAAUAUCAUUUGUUGUAUCAAGGGCUUGAAUAAUAACUAUAUGCCAAGGGUUUUUGAGUCAAUAUAUGGUAGAUCAAUUUGCUCCAAUUUUCAUACUAUUGAUCAAACAUACAACCACUUUAGUUUACAUGGCAUUGUCGGAGCUUCUCUUUGCUACUCAUCAGAAUUUCAGUUUAUUUACCUAAACAACAGGCGAGUGCUAGAUACUUCGCUUUUUAGAGACAUCAAAAAUUUAUUCAAGUCGUCUAAUUAUUUUAAAGACUCUUUGUUCCAACAAAAUCCAUUACCGCCUUCCUCAUGCUCAAAAGCCUCGAAAAUUGCAAAACCCCAAGCAGCGUUUAAUAAUAAAACAACAUUGAGAUUUCCUGUUUUUAUUAUUAAAAUCUUUGGUCCUCUAUCAAUAGCUGAUUUAUUACAAGAUCCAUCCAAGAUACUUUACACAUCAGAUAGCGUAAACACUGUCAGAAAAUUAAUUUUGAAAUCAUUUGAUUCUUUCUUGAGCCCUCAUUUAGGUAAUAAACUUGAAGAAACAAAUUUGAAUAAGAUUUUUGGAGCCAAAUCUUUAGAAGUGCUUCCACAAAAAAUUGGUUUGAGAUCAAUCAAAACUCUUUUGGGUUCAUCAAUGAAAGUGGGGAAGGUUAAUGACUUUGAACUUUCUGGAAGAAUGUCCUGUUGCGGAAUGAAUAAUCAGGAAAACAUUUUUCUGAUUAAUACCCCUGAGGGUUCUUCGGUUGCUGGUGGAAACAGAGGAUCGCAAGGCUUACGGAAAAUCGAUACUUUUAACCUCUCAAAACAUGUGGAUUCAGCAAAAACCAAAAAUAAUAUUGAAAAUUCUGAUUACUUUGACAAAUUUAGUAACGUUAAGUUGAGCAAAGAAUCUCUCAAUACUUUUAAAGUUAUAUCUCAAAUCGAUAAUAAAUUCAUUCUUGUGAAAAGCGAGUUAGGUAAAAAUAAGUUGCCAAUGUUGUUGAUCUUGGAUCAGCAUGCCUGUGAUGAAAGGAUUAAAGUGGAGAAGAACUUUGAGGAGCUCAUAAAUGAUAUUUUCCUCAAUAUAAAUAAUGACUUUAGAGUUAUGGGAGAGGAACUUAUUCCUCACAUGAAUAUUGAGCUUUCAACCUAUGAGAUAAAGUUAAUUGAAAAUUACAAGGAUAUUUUUGCCACUUGGGGGCUACAGUUCAUUAUUUCAAACACUGAAAUAACUAUUACACAUCUUCCGAAAUUGCUUUUGGAAAGGAAGGAUUUAAGCUUUGUUAAAAAAUUGUUAUUACAACAUAGUUUUGACAUUCUUGAAAGAAGAAAGCUACAGAAUUAUGAGUUCUUAACAAAGGAAUUUGAGAAAUGCAAUAAUUGGUGGCAGUGGAUCCCUUUGCUUCCAGAUAUAAUUAUUGACGCAAUUAAUUCAAAAUCAUGCCGCUCAGCAGUGAUGUUUGGGGAUCCAUUGAGCAUUAUUGAAUGUGAAAUUUUAAUUCAAAAGUUAAGUACUUGCAAAUUUCCGUUUCAAUGCGCUCACGGUAGGCCUUCUAUAAUACCUUUAGGAGACUUGAGCAUCCAUAUCCAGUAA